AUGGUGUUCCUCGUUGUCUUCAAAACUUCCCUUCCCUGCCCGCUGUCCUACCACUGGGGUCAGGAUAUCUAUGAGGCAUGCCCAGGCUGUGUUCAUGCUCACGAGCUCAGGACUUGCGAUGGUGAAACGAGAAUCACUUUUCAGAUGUGCCGGAGGCAUAGUGACACGGCUCAAUCCACGGCACUAGAUGAGGCCGUGCUCAACGAGAUCCGCACACUCAUCCAUCCAUUUUACUCACCCCUGCCAACAUUCCCGAUCGUCACAGGGACCACCACAGUGAAAUCAAGAGAAGACCUUUGCAAGAAGGUGAAAAUAACCACGGCAACAUCAGGCAGACGUAUUUCUAGCAAGGGGAGCGAGUUGAACCUCCCGCGCCCCGAAAUCACGUACGCACAUGGCAACGGCUGUAUCUACUCGCAGGAGCCUGACGUAGUGCUUAAGCCGAGGGCAGCGGUAGCCGUGAUGGAUCAGUACGCGAAAGAGAGGCUGAGGAAUAUCGUCGCCUUGCUGGAAAGCGGUAUAUGUUGCAACUUGGGCGCGCAGCUCGAUACCAUCCUCAACAAGGACGAUCAGGUUUGUGAGGGUAAAGAUAGCUCCCACUUCGAGACGGCCCCAAAUUCGGGAUUGGACAAUUGCCCAGCAACCUUGCUCAGCGAGGUCGCCGCCGACGAGUCUUCUCGGGUGGCUCUUGCGCGACAUGCGUUCAGCGCCGCUGCAAACGAAGCUCAAGCCCUCCUUCGAGCCGAGAAGCAGCGGUUAGAAGAAUGUCUUGCCACCAGCCCUCUGGCAAAGGGGAUAUACUGGAAGCGGUGUAAUGGACAGUGGGUUAAUGGACUGGGUGAUGUGCUUGUGGACAGUGGCCGUGUCGAAAACGAGGGAGCCAUGGUUGCUGGAACAGAAGCCCGAGGUGUCAUGAUGGAUAAGGAAGGGGUGGAUGAGCGUGGAAGCAUUGGUGCUGCUUCUACUCUUGCUCAAGAUUGCGUCGACGAAGGAGUCGCAGACUUGUCGACGCUGACCUGGACCUCUACACCCAGCUUAACGAUGAGCACUACCGCGGCCAAAAGCAUUUCCUCCCUCUCCCUCGGAAGCCCGAAUUCAUCCAACACUACACCGUUGAAAACUACAGUCUGCACUGGUAGCCUCGACGUCCCAAACAGUGCCGACUCCAAGGCUGGGCAAUACGGCUACGCCCUGCUCUGCCACGAUGAUGUAAGUCCUGGCCUGGGUGCACAACUCUCAAGCUCCUUAUUUGCCAGCCAGGCUUGUCUUGCCAACUCCUCAUCGUUUGAAUAUGUCAUGCUCCAAAAUCGGGAACAACUAGUCCGUUCCGGGCAGUGUAGGGAAGAGGAUCUCUGCAUCACUUGCUGGGCAUACAACCGCGCUGCCGUCAGGGCACAGGUCAAGAAAACGUAA